UCUGGCUUGACCCGGUCGUAGCUUCAGAGUUCAGCGACCACACAAUACUCUUAAAGACUCGUCGAUAUCAGCGCACCGGCAAACCCACGCUCACGCAGAUUUCAUUGUCAUUUUGGUUGGCAACCUGAAAACGUAAAAUGUUUUAUUAGAAGAUUAACAAGCUGCGCCUGCGCCGUGAUACUACGUUUUUUUUCUUUUUUUCUUCAUGCAGCUUGAGGUAUGUCGCUUUGCUUGAAAACCAGCAGCCGCAGCAAAGAGCAGAGGCGCAGGCAAAGUGCACUAUCGGAGCAUUUCACCCGGACAAGAGCAAACGGACAGCCCAGGGCCGUGGAUCACAGUGGGGCUCUAAUCUGCUAACAUGCAGCCGGUCCUGCCGGUUCUGUAAACCGGACGAGUCGCUUUACGUGGAAGACGCUCUCUCUCUCGUGAAUUUUGGAUGAUCUCCCGCAGCCAGGUCCACGUAUUGAGAUGAUCUAUUUUUGUGAUGGCGAAGGGUCUGUUUCCACGGGCCUGGGUGAAAAAGUCUUUUUACUUCCAGGCUCGGAUCUCCUUUGUGCGGGUGAAGUACCUGUUCCUUACGUGGCUGACUGUGCUGGUGGGGAGCUGGGUGCUCUAUGUGCAAUACUCGGCCUACACAGAGCUGUGCAGAGGACACGAGUGCAAGAACGCCAUUUGUGAUAAAUACAGGAAGGGAAUCAUUGAUGGCUCUGCCUGCAGCAGUCUGUGCGACAAAGACACACUCUACAUGAGCAGGUGCCUGUCAACACUGCCAAACAACCAGGUGUACACAGGAAGCUGGGGAGACCACGAUGGGAUCAUCCGCUGUAAGUUGGGGGAGGUCGUGCACUACGAGCUGGGCGAGGAGCCGGAGCCACGGAGGGAAGCCCCCGUGUUUGACAAGCCCACCAGAGGCACAUCAGUGGAGAAGUUCAGAGAGAUGGUCUCUAAUCACCUCAAGUCCAAGCUUGGAGAGCAGGCUAACCUGGCCAGCCUCGUCAGCCAGAUCCUCUCUGUCGCCGAUGGCAAUAAAGAUGGACGGGUGUCGCUGCCAGAAGCUCGCUCUACAUGGGCCCUCCUGCAGAUGGAUGAGGUGUUGCUGGGUCUGCUGCUCCAGGACCGUGGACACACUCCUCGUCUCCUCGGCUACUGCGGAGACCUGUACAUGACGGAGCGCGUCCCCUACGGGCCCCUGUAUGGUUUGUCUCUACCCUGGCCUCUGGAUUCCUGGGUACCCAACGGCGUGCAGCGCACUAUGGACCAGUGGUUCACCCCCUCGUGGCCUCGCAAAGCUAAGAUCUCCAUGGGCCUCCUGGAGCUGGUGGAGGACAUCUUCCACGGCACCUACGGCAGCUUUCUGAUCUGCGACCUCGCCGCGGAGCACUUUGGUUACACUGACCGCCAUGAGCUCCGUCUGAAUAAUCCCCGAGCGGUGGUUCCCGAGGACGAGUUCAGACGCACCAUGCGGGCGCUGAAGUGUGAGACGGACGCUGACUGUGUGUACGGGGUGGACUGCCAGACGUCCUGUGACAUGUCAGAGAAACGCUGCAGGGAGGAGCCAGUUCAGCCAAACUUGGCAAAGGCAUGCAGUACGCUAAAGGACUACCUCCUCCGCGGGGCACCAUCAGGGCUGAGAGAGGAGCUGGAGAGGCAGCUGUACGCCUGCAUGGCUCUCAAGGGUAACGCUGGACAGAUGAACAUGGAGCACUCACUUAUUCUCAACAACCUGAAAGCUCUGCUGUGGAGGCAGAUCUCACACACUAAGGACUCGUGACGAGGAAGACCUUUUUGAAAUCGUGUUCCUCAAAUGGAGCCGAGUAUUAAAGAUGCUGUGAUUUAGGAAUAGCCUAUUUAAUGAAGUAGUUUUUAUCAACUCUUAACACCUAUGAAUGGUUAGACUGAUGGAGUCUCUACCUCCUCUUUCCAGGUUUCCAAAGUUUGGGGCCUUGAAAACACGUCUGAGUACUUUGAAAAGUAUGACUAAAAUGAACUGAAUGAUUGCAUGUUGCCACCAUCAGUCACACUUAAAAAAGUUCAUGCAGCCACAUUGUAUUGUAUUGUAUUGUUCACCACAGUGGAAUGUUCCAGGGCACUGCCGGAGAAACAGACUCGUAAACAGAUUUUACUGCUGACCAAAUCUGUGUUUUUGCCUCUAAAUCGUGCGGAUAUGUAUGGGCUGACAUGUUUAGGAAUACAGGGAUUGAAUAACCAGUUGAGUGUUGUAUAAAGCUAAAGUUGAAAGCAUAAUAAAAUUACACUAUUUUAAGAUAGGCUCCUUAUUUUAGUAAGGUUGCUACUGAGCACCAUGACAUAAUCAGGGAGUGUACCUUUAAAGGAUAAGGCUGGUGAUAUUCUAUAUUUUUUGUUUUUGGCAAAUCCUGUGAAAAGACCAAAACCAUUUUCAGUACUUUUAGAUUUUUACACUGUCUGUUGCACUCAGCCCCAAGCCAAUUGGUGCCUACAGAAGGUAUAAAUCUUUAAAAACAAGUCAAAUUUUUUUUUUAUUGAAAUAAUGUGCUAAAACAGCUGGGACUUGUAGUUAUAGCAAAGGUUACUCAAACAGCGGUAAAUGAUGCAGACUACUUUCAGCUGCAAAGUAAUACACAACAGUAACAAUAACAGUACAGUAUUUACAGCAGCAGGACAGUGUUUGUGGCAUCAACUCAAAAUAAACGACAGUGCCCAUGUUUAUAAUGAAGUCCCAGAAGCGACCCAGUGCAACAGUAAGAAAUAAAACAUGGCUGUGUUCCAAUUUUUUUUCUUUUUCUGCCCUUACAAACUAUGUACUGUAUGUAGUAUGCAUACAAUUGGAACAUACUUCAUAACAUUGUGCUCCGCAGAGGAUUGUGGGUCUGAAUAGCCAGAACAGCAUGUUUGCAUUCAUACAGCAAAAUCUGACUGCAAGAGGACAUCCUGGUAUUUUUGGCAUAAUGCAUUUGACAUACUAUGUAUUGGGACAUAUUAAAUCUUGUCCUAAAUAUACUAAAUGGUGUUAUGGGUAUUGGAGCGCAGGGUAAAUUGGGCUUUGGGUAAACAAUUGGAACAGAAUCAAUUAAUUCCUGGUUUGCGUCUUUUCACUGGUAUACUUUACAAUUAAAAUAUCACAAGACUUAACCUUUCAACAAGUAGCUUGCAGUUUAGUGAGAAAUUAAAAGGUAAAACUUGAAUAAAAUUCCACAUAACAGGGCCGCUAUACAGAAUCCAGAGACUUAGAGAAUUAGUGCCAAGGAGCAUUGCUUCUUUCUGUCUGCAGAACUGAAGUGAGGCCGUUGAUUCUGUGGGUCCUCCACAGGGAUCAUCCUGUACGUCAGUGUACCUGACUCGCUGAACAUAUUCCACCUGUAACGCUAGUGAUAUUGUCAAUGCUGCAUCAAUAUGACACAGAAUAAUAAUGUAUUUGAUUUGUGAAUGUUAACUUGUAUUUCUCACUGACAAGUUCAGUUGUGGUAAUGUGCUGUAUCAAUAUAUAUAUAUUUUGGAUUUUAUCUCAGUGCCAUACACAUCAUGCUGAAAUCAUUUAUGAAUGUUUACCACCGGUGAAGGUGGAGAUCUUUAUCAACUCUUGCGGCCACAUUUGAAUGCUGUAUUAACCGUAUUUUCCAUGAUCGCUCCCAGACAUUUGUUGCCGUGACUGAGUUGACAACCUGACUUUUUAAAUCACUUUAAAUGCAUUUCAGAACCGACGUGAUCUGCAGAGUAUGUCAACCUUAUUGUCAAUGUGCUUUGAAUUCUGAAAAAUGUAUAAAAAAAACAAAGUUUACUUAUUGAAGAGACCAGCAUGCUUUUGCACAAUUAAACAUUACCACUUCACUGUAA